AUGUCUGACGAAAAAACUCAAGCUCAAUUAGAGAUCAACUCCACGGCUGGCGACUCGUCCGAUGCCGUCAACAAGACCUCAGAUGACUUCCAUGACCACAUCGAGUUGAAGAGACAUACUUCUGCCGAAAUCGAGUCCUCUGGAAAUUGGUACGACAAAAAGGUGUCUAUCUUCGGUACCAAGUAUGGCUUCCGUUUCUCAAAUGCCAUGACUCAAGUUGUCAUGUUGUCGUUCGUCGUGUUUAUGACCCCAGGUAUGUUCAACGCCUUGUCUGGUAUUGGUGCUGCCAUCAAUGAUGUCAAGACUUCCGAUAACGCUAACGUUGCCUUAUACUCUACCUUUGCCUCUGUUGGUUUCUUCGGUGGUACCAUCUGUAACACUAUCGGAGUCAGAGCCUCGCUUAUGUUCGGUGGUAUGGGUUACGCCUUGUAUGCUGCUUCUCUCUUAUGUUUCUACCAUACCGAGAACAAAGGGUUCGUUAUCUUUGCCGGUGCUUUCUUGGGUGUUUGUGCCUCUGUCUUGUGGUCUGCCCAAGGUACCAUUAUCAUGUCUUACCCAACUGAAGGAACUAAAGGUAGAGCAAUUAUGGUCUUUUGGUUCAUUUUUAACUUCGGUGCUGUCAUCGGUGCCAUCAUUCCUUUGGCCGACAACUUAGAAAACAAAUCCUCUGCCGUUAACGACGGUACAUUCAUCGCAUUCAUCAUCUUGAUGUCCUUGGGUAGUAUCAUUGCUUACUUCAUGUUGCCCAUGUCCAAGGUUUACAAAUCCGACGGUACCAGAGUCAUGACUCAGAAGCACCCAUACUGGAAGGACGAGUUGUUUGGCUUGGGUAAGUUGUUGUGGAGAGAACCAAAGAUCUUGUUGAUGUUCCCUAUGUUCUUCGCCUCUAACUGGUUCUACACCUACCAAUUCAACGAUUUCAAUGCCGGCCGUUUCAACGUCAGAACCAGAUCCUUAAACUCGUUGUUGUACUGGUUCUCCCAGAUGAUCGGCGCCUUGUUCAUCGGUUCCAUCUUGGAUUUGAAGUACUUCACCAGAGCUAACAGAGCCAGAAUCGGCUGGUUUAUCAUCUUUGUUCUUGGUAUGGGUAUCUGGGGUGGAGGUUUGAAGUUCCAACAACAAUUCACCCGUAAAGACGUCACUAUCCAGGCUCCAGCUACUGAACCAAGACUUGCUCCAAUUGACUUCAAGGACGGUGGCUACAUUGGCCCAAUGUUCCUCUACAUUUUCUACGGUGUCUACGAUGCCAUCUUCCAGUCGUUCAUCUUGUGGACUCUUGGUGCUCUUUCCAACAACCCAAAGAAGACUGCCUUGUACGCUGGUUUCUACAAGGGUAUUCAAUCAGCUGGUGCUGCUAUCGCCUGGAGAUUGGAUGCUCUUGAAACUCCCUACAUGGACAUGUUUGCUUCAUCGUGGGGUUUGGUUCACGGUUCGCUUGUGAUCGCCGCUCCAUUGGUGCUUUUCAAAAUCACCAACCACACCGAAGCUGAGGAGGAUGGAAUGGACAAGGUUGUUGACGCUGACGAGUUGACCUCCGUCAAGUCCACCGGUCCUCACUCUAUCGCACUUCCAGAAAACAUUGACAGCAAGGUCUAA